AGUUCAUAUCGCCAAGCGGGUGGUCGUGUUGCUAAAACAAGACAGCACCCGGUGAAGAACGCGAGAAGCUAACAAACGUCUUUUUUCACUCGUUAUAAUGUUAUGAAUUGAUACCUGCUUUGCAAUCAAUUUGCUGGAGUAUAGACGCAUGAAACCAAGGUUAGGUGUAUGAAGGGAGGACGUGGAGAGUGGUCCUGAAGAUGAGGCGUCUGUACAGGAAGAAAGCCCUGAGUCUGGUUAAGGAGCUGGAUGCCUUCCCCAAGGUCCCAGAGAGCUAUGUCGAGACCACAGCCACAGGGGGGACAGUGUCCUUGAUAGCAUUCACUGCCAUGGCACUGCUGGCCUUCUUUGAGUUCUUUGUGUAUCGGGACACCUGGAUGAAGUAUGAAUACGAAGUGGAUAAAGAUUUUUCAAGUAAAUUGAGAAUAAACAUAGAUAUUACAGUUGCCAUGAAAUGCCAACAUGUGGGUGCAGACAUUCUGGACCUGGCAGAGACUAUGAUAACAUCAAAUGGCAUUCAGUAUGAGCCUGUGAUUUUUGAGCUGACCCCGCAGCAAAAACUGUGGCACAGGACCCUGUUGCUGAUACAGAACAGGCUGAGGGAGGAGCAUUCUCUACAGGAGGUCUUGUACAAGAGUGUUCUAAAGGGAGCCCCUACGGCCUUGCCCCCAAGAGAGGGCACCGCCUCAGAGCCCUUAAGUGCCUGUAGGAUACAUGGGCACGUCUACGUCAACAAAGUGGCUGGGAACUUCCACAUCACAGUGGGAAAGCCUAUUCAUCAUCCUCGUGGCCAUGCUCAUAUAGCAGCUUUUGUAAGCCAUGACACGUACAACUUCUCCCAUCGGAUAGACCAUUUGUCUUUCGGAGAAGAGAUCCCCGGCAUCAUCAAUCCUCUGGACGGGACAGAGAAAAUCACCAGCAACCAUAAUGAGAUGUUCCAGUAUUUCAUUACGGUGGUUCCUACCAAACUGCACACGUCCAAGGUGUCGGCAGACACACACCAGUUCUCUGUGACGGAGAGGGAGCGGGUGAUAAACCAUGCGGCGGGCAGCCACGGUGUGUCUGGGAUCUUUAUGAAGUACGACACCAGCUCUCUGAUGGUGACGGUCAGUGAGCAGCACAUGCCCCUCUGGCAGUUCCUGGUACGACUCUGUGGCAUCAUCGGGGGUAUCUUCUCCACCACAGGCAUGAUCCAUGGGUUUGUUGGCUUCUGUUUCGACAUAGUCUGCUGUCGCUUCAAACUAGGCCCAUAUAAACCCAGAGAGGUGGUUCUCCCAGAUCCCCAUGUGAACAAUUGUGCUGCUCCGCUCCUGACGGACAACCACGUACAGGAGUAGCCCUGUGACCUGCGCCCAUAUCCACAAAGCUCUCUGAGUAGGAGUGCUGAGCUUGGAUCAGUUUUGCCCUUUUAAGAUAAGAUUGUAUGGACAGAUCCUAGAUCAGCACUCCUGCUGUAAGACGCUUUGUGGAUAUGAGACCUGGAGCCUGCUGCUGAUCGUGCACCUACUGUCCCAUCACCUGUGGGGGAAUCCAGGAAGAGAAGUCUCCAAUCACACGUAUGUGGAUUGCUGGGAGUUUGGUUUGAACCAAAUAAGAGUAAACUGAUUAGGAUCCGACAAUCAUAAUUGUUCUAUUUAUUGUUUUGGACAGUAUACCAUUAUAAUAUAUUUAUAUCCUGUAAAUAUGUAUUUUACACUGGAAAAUGGAAAGCAGCCAGCAGUUUUAUCAGGCUUGUAAAGGUAUUGGGAUGUUGUCAUCUGUAAGUUAGGCUGAAUGAAAUCUGAUCCUCCUAUGUUAUCAUUCAUACUAUUAACUUGCAUGUCAUGUUUGUUCUAUCUAUUUACACUAUUGUUCAGUAUCUGUUUCACAUCUGUCAAUGGGAGAUGUCCUAUUAAAUGUGUUUUAGUGCACUUCAUCACUUCAUGUUGCACACUUUACAUUCAUUUAAAUCUCUCGUUUGGUAUCCCACUAUCUUCUGGUGAUGGUGCAUGCUCUUAGCCUGCGCUUACACUGGCAGUCCAUUUCGGAUCUUUUUUCCCCACUAAUUGAUCUUUUGACCAAUCACGUCCAAUCUUUCAAAAGACCAGAAUUGGGCUGCCUGUAUAAACACAGCCAUGGAAGUAGGCUAAAUCUAUUUUCUACAUGAGGCAGCAGUGUAUGAAGCAGAAUGAUUAGCACACUGACCAAUUUGUUGUCUUUUGGUUUAUUCAUGUUUUGCCAAACAAAGUGUUUUCAGAGCAGAAAGAGGGUCAUUUAACAUUUGCCAAUUACAUUUUAAAAGGGAAAAUUAAACAAAAUAAACAGUCAUAAGUGUUGCAGUUUACAGAACAUUGCCCAGUUAGCUCUGAUCUACCCACAGUGCUCUGCUUCCACUAUGUAUCAUAACAAAGACACUGCUUUGUUAUCAACAUGACAAGCUCCGUAACAAGCAGGACAUUUUGUACAACUUCAUUGUUCAGAAAAGACCGUUUUCUGUAUUUGGCGUGCGUUUGAUUCAUUGUCCCUUACUGAAUUUAGGAAAGGACGGUCACCAUUGUUGCACCCCAUUACUGGCUCACAUAUAAACAUGUUUUUCCAGAGGGAGGAUUUGGGGUACAUUUAGUCAAGACUUCUACCAUAGAUACUGUAUAUAGCUGUAUCAACUAAUAAAAUUGGACUACUGCUGUCUGCCACAAGUAACACUACAGAUCUAGUCUGGGGAGUUAUGUGGUAGAGUCAGACUCCUGCAGAAUCAACCCUCAGGAAUACUACUCUUUUAGGUAGUCUAGAAAAAUAAUAUAGAACUUCAACUAUUUACACAUCUUCCACACUUAUAUACGAUACUGUCACCAUCUACAGAGCAUUUGGAAAGUAUUCAGACCCCUUGACUUUUUCCACACUGUUACAUUACAGCCUUAUUCUAAAAUUGUCCCCCCCCCCUCAAUCUACACACAAUACCCCAUAAUGAGAAAGCAAAAACAGGGAUUUUAGAAAUUUUAGCAAAAUAUCACAUUUACAUAAAUAUUCAGGCCCUUUAGUCAGUACUUUGUUGAAGCACCUUUGGCAGCGAUUACAGCCUUGACUCUUCUUGGGUGUGACGCUACAAGCUUGGCACAUCUGUAUUUGGGGAAUUUCUCCCAUUCUUCUCUGCAGGUCCUCUCAAGCUCUGUCAGGUUGGAUGGGGAGCGUCGCUGCACAGCUAUUUUCAGGUCUCUCCAGAGAUGUUUGAUCUGGUUCAAGUCCGGGCUCUGGCUGGGCCACGGACUUUCAGAGACUUGUCCCUAAGCCACUCCUGCAUUGUCUUGGCUGUGUCCUAAGGGUCGUUGUCCUGUUGGAAGGUGAACCUUUGUCCCAGUCUGAUGUCCUGAGCGCUCUGGAGCAGAUUUUUCAUCAAGGAUAUCUCUGUACUUUGCUCCGUUCAUCUUUCCUUCUAUCCUGACUAGUCUCCCAGU